AUGCAACAACGCGCAAAGGUUACUAUCGCCGACAAUGAUGAUGACGAUGGCGACGAUGAUGAUGAUGCGAAACAAGAAAUCUCUGAUACUGUUGAAAAAUUCGUUCAAACUCGUCAUGUACAAACGUUAAAAUACUUGCGGCAUGUUAUCGAUGAGAAUCGUCAUUUAAGAUUACAUAUUGAACAUCUUAAAAGACGUCAAGAUUAUCCUGUACAGUCACCUGCUGUUGUCGAUCCCAUCGACCCUGAAGAUCCUUCAAUAACUGAAAUACCACCGGAAUCACCUGAGCCUCUAUUAGAUCGCGAACGUUCUGAUGCAUCGACAAAUACCGAAGGUGAAGAUUUCGAAAAAAGAUGUCAUGAAUUAAAAGAUGAAUUGAUCAAUGUGAAAAAACAACAUGCGAUCAGUCGUGAUGAAUUUCAACGUGAACUCGAACGUGUCGAUCGUCACAAUACUCAAUUAGAAAAAGAUCUGAAAGUUUCGCAACAUCAAUUAGUUAUUACUCAAAAAUCUCUUAAUGAUAAACAAAUAGAAAAUCAAACUCUUACAUCGACAUUAGCAGAUGAAAAACUAUUGAAUGAUGCAGCAAAUUUUCGUAUCAGUAAACUCGAUCAAGCGAACAAAAUCUUAACACAAUCACUAGCUGAAUCAGAACAAGCAUGCGGUGAACUUGAAUUGCAGUUGGAAGAACUACAAGAAACAUAUCAACAAACAGAGCAAAGUCUAUCGACAUUACAACUUGAACAUAAAAAUAAACAAACAUAUAUCAAUACAGUUGAAAAAGAAGUUGCAUCUUUAAAAGAGAAACUUGAUGUUCAACUAAACCAAAAUCAAGAAUUAACUAUGGAUAAUAAAGAACUGCAAGAUAAUAUUAUUUUCUGUCAACAACAAAUUCAAGAAAAAAUCAUUCAAGAAGAAAAAUAUAUUCGAGAAAAACAAGCAAAUAGUAAUUUCAAAGAAUUUGUACAAGUGAAACGAACACUACAAACGUGUCAACAAGAAAAUGAACAAUUAAAAAUUGAAUUAAAAAGACUUCAAGUUAAAUUUUUAAGUAAAAAUGAAUAA